UCGUGCGCGGAAAGAAAAAAAAUGCUCCAGCGGCGCUACGCGUAAAGCAAACACACACAGAGGGUGAGGAUGACACAUUCGAGCCACACGUAUUUACCAUUUCAAUAACACGCUCCGAGAGAUCAACAACGAGGAAGCAGUCUCCGCUGAAAAACCCUGCACAUGUUUGAGGAUUUAAUUCAAUAAUCAAAUCACCAUUUCCCCGAAGAAGAAGGAUGAGGAUUCGCUUUUUUAAAUAUCGCGGUGGUUUAUGAAGAAAAUAUCUGCAGCAUGCAACAUUAUGUCAACGAUCGGCGCCAGACAAGGACUGUCACUUUGGCUUGAACUGUGAAAAAAAAACCAAAUUUUUGUCUGCAAGACUGAGGCUGUUGUGGCCGCGCGAGGACGUUUCGUAAUGAUUUAAAACUGAAAGGAAGGAAGGUUUUUUUUUCUUCAAACCUCGGUCUACAGAAGCCUGCUUGUCGUUUUCCUGGUGGUGGAGAGUAAGAAUAGUUUUUCUUGUCUGAACGCUUUGACUCAUGAUUCGGGGGGUUACACGGGAACCCGCUCGACUUUGUCCGCCUUGCCACGGAGGAGCACCGGGGGCUUUUCUUCCCCAGCGACCCCUCGUCUGCGGUCCGUUUAAUUGAAGAGCAACAGAGGGAUUAAACAUUCCUGCUGCUCGCCUGUUUGUGCGAGGCAGACUGAGCUACAUUGUGAGAGGAACGGUUGUGGUAAGAAAGAAGGCUAUAAAUAGCUCAUGCAAUUCUCGAAAACUAUCACAAGUGGUGCAUCAGCUUGUGGAGCAGACGGAAUCCGAUAUCCUGCCUGUAAUGUCUCGGCUUUAAGUUAAUUGUUUUCGGAGAACGUGUGGUAUUUUUAACAAGAAGUUCGGACUCUUAAUUUCGCAUUUUUGGGGGCUGUUCCUCGGCGCGGAAGAAAAAAAGGAGUCGUUUCCCCAUGGAUUAUGCUCAUUUAAUGAUGAAACUAUUAGCGGAAAGGCUGAUAUGGAAACAGCCUGAUCUUCCUCUGUGUGUGGAUUGAAAUGGAUACAUUGCUGUGCUCUCCGCCUUUGACAAUGAUCACAUUUGGAAUCGUCUGACCUGGUUUGUAGCAAUGUUUUGAUUCCCGCACACGCUUGGAUUUACAUUACAACAUUAUAUCCGCUGGGGUUUCAUGGAUGCAUUCUGCACUUCUUUUUGAAUACGCCCAUUCCUCUGCCCGACCAUCCCGAGUCUAUUAUCUGGACCUCUUGUGAGGUGUUAAGCCUGCUUGUUUCGGCAGACUACGGGAACCUAUUUGUCAGCCCUGCUCGGUGUUUGAUACCGAUGUAGGAUUUCGACAUGCCCAGCGCUGACGACCCCAACGGCGGACGAUUAUGACUACAACAGCGAAUUGGGUGGCUAACGGGGCAAGCCUUGAGGACUGCCACUCCAACAUUUUCUCUCUGGCGGAGUUGACAGGCAUUAAAUGGCGUUGCUACAGCUUCCGGAGCAGCGGGGAGUACGGCCCGGUGAUCUCGGCUCCGGCCCAGGACGACCCGGUUCUGCGCAGCUUCAUGCGCUGCGUGCAGGCCAACCUGCUGUGUGUGUGGAGACGCAAAAUCAAGCCCGACGCCAAGGAGCUGUGGAUCUUCUGGUGGGGCGAGGAGCCCAACCUCUCCGAUGUCAUUCAUCAUGAGCUGGAAGUGGCUGAGGAGGGGCUCUGGGAGUGUGGGCUGUCCUACGAGUGCAGGACGCUCCUGUUCAAGGCCAUACACAACCUGCUGGAAAGAUGCCUGAUGGAUAAGGGCUUUGUGAGGAUCGGGAAGUGGUUCUUCAAGCCCCACGCACUGGAAGAAAAGUCUUUGGGCAACAGUGAACACCUAUCAUGUUCCUUCUCCUUCUUCCUCCACGGGGAGAGCAACGUGUGCACGAGUGUGGAGAUCGCCCAGCACCAGCCUGCAUACCACAUCACAGAACACCACAUCUGCCUCGCACAGACCUCCAUCACACCAGUACAAGUGAUCCUAAGUCCAUACGGUCUGAGCGGCACUCUAACAGGUCAGGCCUUCAAGAUGAGUGACCCCGCUACACGGAAGCUGAUGGAGGAGUGGAGCUACUUCUACCCGAUAGUACUUCCACAGAAAGAGGGAAGUGGACAAAAGGAAAAAGAAGAAGCAGGUCAAGCUUAUGAUCGCAACUGUCACGCGGCAGUUGAGGUCAUUGUAGGUGGAGUAAGGAUGACAUACCCAGCUGCUUUAGUGCUGUUAGCCCAGGGGGACCUACCAGUGGAGCAGCCCCCACCCCUCCCUACAGCUCUGGGCCUCAGCAGGGAGCUGAACCACUGCAGCGUGCCGCUCACACCGCCAACGUCACCGCAGCAGCCCUGCUCAGCGGACAGCGGCUUUGUGACCUCCGUCUCUAGUGUCCCCACACCUGACAGCAGCAUGGGGGUUGCCAGCAUCAGCCCAAAGCACUCUGGGAAGAAACUCACCUGUCAGGUGGUCCAUCAGGCAUGGCGGGAGUGUUAUCUCAACCAGCCACAGCAUGUACCGAAUCAGACAUCUGACGUGACGCCUGAGAAGGAUGUGCCAAAUGGAGGAACCACGUGGGACUUCAACGAUCUGGGGGCGAGAUCAUCCUGCAGCUGCUCCAGGUUGAAGCAGCAGAAGUUGAAUCUGACCACCACAUCCACCAACAACCCCCAGAGUAGUGCCAACCCCCCUCAGUCCUCGGGCCCCUCAUUAUACCCUCCCUCGCUGCCCAAACAAAAGAUCAGUGACAAGACGGAGAAGGCUGACAAACAAUCCAAGAGGCCAGCAACGAUUGCCUUCCACCACCGUUUAUCCGUCACACAGGAGAGCCCCCUGGAGCAGGACUCGCCAGGAGGGCCCCAGCUCGGGGGUCUUGUGGCUUUAGAGCCAUCAUUGGAGCCUAUGGCCCCUCUGCCAAACUGCAAGUAUCCUAAACCCCUCUCCAAUGGCAGAAAAGCCCAUGACUCCCUGCUCAAUUCGCCAAUGUCUCCCCUGCCUCCUACACUCAGCCCCCACCCCCGGGGGCAGGACCCGGAGGUCCUGGACGGGCCCAUAAAUAUGCCUGUCUGUCAGGAUGGGUCUUCAGGGAUGGGGAUGAUUAACAGCGAGACGGCCAUGUAUGCAGCUCUGCUGAGGCAGAGGGAGAAUGAGGCGGGCUGGUGGAGAGGCUUCAGGACCCCCAGAACUGAUAAGACUGACUUCAGACCCUGUGAACUCCCCACUGAUAAGUUAGAGGAAGUGAAGACGGACACAGCGACUGAGGGAGUUCCACUAAAGAGACUAUACACACAGACUCACAAGAGAUUUAAAAUCUCAGAGGAGAGGCUGAAGGACCACAUCCAGGCGUUGGGCCUUUUGCAGCAGCCGGGUGUGGAGGCGCUGCGGGAGCCCGGCGAAGACCCUUACGACUUUAAGGAAGGAGACAUCGAGUACACUUUCUCCUCUUCCAAGAGGUUAAAGGGUCAAGGGCGAGAACCCAGCAAAAAGGCUAAGGGAGAAGAAAUCACCAGCAAUGGAACACUGCCUGAGGGGAAAGAUGCUAUGUCCAUUUUUAACUCAACUCCAAAAUCAGACGAAUCAGGUCAGGAUGACGGAGCUGCCAAAGCCAACCCUUCUCUGACCAGAGAGAAAGAUCUGGUGGUCAACAUCUCUGAUCUCGACAACAUAUUUGAUGAAGAUGAAGAAGAGUUGGGGCACUCAACCAAGCUACCAGUAUCCUCAGAAGAUCGCCCUCUGGGGAAAGAAGGGAGAGUUGCGGUACCUUAUCCAUCCACAGUAGCAGACCUUCAGAGGAUGUUUCCCACCCCGCCUUCUUUAGAGCAGCACCCUCCCUUCUCUCCCAUCACGCCGUAUCGUGACCUCCCCAGCCAAGAGCCCCCUACUCACAGUGGGGCAGCGGACCACAUGCUGCCCUACUUCUCCUCCCAGUUUACUGACUACAGGAUGGAGAUUGAGGAUGGCAUGGCCAGUCCACGGCAGGAGGAUAUCAAGCCAACGAUAGGCUCCUCUAUGUUUGCUCCGCUCACCUGCUUACCCAGUCAGAAUCUCCCACCACUCAAGAUUCCCGAGCAAUGCUACUAUCGACCAUCCUGGGCCAUGAUGCCCAAAAUGGAGCAUUUCCCAGUCAUGCAUAACCAGAACGCAACCUUCAACAGAGAUGGAUACACAAACAUGCCCAGUGUCAACAACUUUGCUGACCAGGAGUACGGCCAGAUGAGUGCCACCUCUGUGAGCACCUCUGCUGGCAUCCUCCCGUCUCCUGCCACUCCCCGCUUCUCUGUGCCCACCCCCCGCACCCCUCGUACACCAAGGGGUAUCAACGCUGCAAGUUCUGGCCAUGGUUCUGUGAAGCAGGAUGGUACUGAGCUCAGCUCCCCGGCUUCCACCCCCUCCACCAGCCUGCCUCUGAGCUCUGUGGAGCACCAAGCUCGGCCGGGACCCUCCCUGCCUGAGGCCCACAGCCUGUACGCUAUCCUCCUGCUCUCAGACUCCGUCCUCAACGUCUUCAAGGACCGCAACUUUGACAGCUGCUGUAUCUGUGCCUGCAAUAUGAAUGUCAAAGGAGCAGAUGUGGGCGUGUAUAUCCCUGACUCCACUUGUGAAGAUCAGUACCGCUGUAUGUGUGGCUUCAGUGCCAUUGUGAACAGGCGCCUGGCCCACGGCACAGGCCUCUUCUUGGAGGACGAGCUGGAUAUUUUUGGUCGGACCUCUGAGGUCGGCCGAGCGGCUGAGAGGAGGCUGGCUCUUUGCCGGAGGGACCCCACUAUGGGUGACCCUAGGGCCAAACGGACGCAGGAUGCAGCCCCCGCCUCUCUGCUAGUCAUGGUCCUCCUGCAGGAGCAGUGCUCGCAGCCCAUCUCUUCCCUGGCAUCAAUGCAUCUCCCCCUCAGUUGUUCCUGCCAUGGCCGCAAGGGGGCGCUGCUGCAAAGCUGGACGUCUGAAAAGCAGUGGGCAGAUGAGAGUGAUGCCUGUGUGGAUUGUUACAAUGCCUUGGGACAGGGGCUACAGUAUGUGGAUAACCCCACAGGAGGAAAAGUAGAUCCAGCUGUCGUCAGAAGUACCGCUCUUCACUCCUGGCCGCACACAAAUGUGGUGGACAUGAACAUGUUGUCGUCCCAGGAUAUGGUUCGUAUGCUGCUGUCUCUGCAGCCUUUCCUGCAGGAUGCUAUCCAGAAGAAGAGAACAGGACGGACGUGGGAAAACAUCCAGCAUGUUCAGGGUCCACUCACCUGGCAGCAGUUCCAUAAGAUGGCCGGAAGAGGAUCCUACGGUUCGGAGGAGUCCCCGGAGCCCUUGCCCAUCCCUACAGUGUUACUGGGCUAUGACCGGGAGAGGGACUUCUUGGCAUUGUCCCCUUUGGCAUUACCUUUUUGGGAGAAGCUGCUGCUGGAGCCUUAUGGUGGGCAGCGGGAUGUGGCGUAUUUGGUUCUGUGUCCCAGUAGUCCUUCUCUGCUGACUGCAGCCCGGGCCUUCUUCCAGGAGCUCAGCGCUGUUUACGAGACGUGCCGGCUGGGGAAGCACCGUCCUCUGACCAGAGUGUCCAGGGAUGGUCUUGUGCGAGUGGGGGAGGAAGUGGAGCCAGAAAAGCUGGAGGAGCUGGACGUGGACCAGUGGGUGACGGGACCCUGGGCGGGACAGCAGCACUCGGACAACCUCAGCAAACUUAAACUUUAUGCAUAUGCCUGCAAGCAGCAACUUGGUCCCCAGCUGUCAGGACUGCAUUUAGACAACAGUCUUUUUUUGCCCCCCAAAGUCGAGCCUCCCUCAAACCCCACAUCCUCAGCCCAGCCUGCCUCUUCAGCGCAGCCCGAAGCUUGGGGCCCUGAUGGAGGACAAGCUCCAGGCACUGCUGGGUCAGGAAACACUUCUGCCCCGACCGCAGUAACCUCAAAUCAAACGGGGGAAAGAACCCAAGGAGCAACCAGCGACUCUAAAGCGCCUUCCAGUGCCACACCACCAGCCAACACACCAGCGGAAAUCCCUGAACUCACUGCUGAGCAGUCCGGAAUCGGCAUCCCCACUGCGCCCGACUCAAUCGACAGCUGCGCCAACCCACCAGCUAUUGUUAUUUACAUAGUGGAUGCUUUUCUCAGCUCAAGUGGAGCGAGAAAUGAAGUGGGAGAGGACGAAGAGGGUGACGAGGUGGAUUCCAGUAGCAUUUGGCUACUAGGGCUUCUUCGCUGCUACACAGAUAUGCUGCAGACUCUGCCUGAGACCAUGAGACCUGCCCUGGUGCUACAGGUGGUGCCAUGUCAGUACCUUCUCCAGCCGGCCAGUGGGGAGAGUCAUUUCUACCUGCAGCAUCUGCGCUCCUUGUCCUUCUCCUGUUACUCCCAAUGCAGACGUCUGCUGCCCCAACAAACAUACAUAAAGUCCCUGACUGGCUUUGGACCCAUUUCCACUGUCAAUGCUGUACUCAAGAGUCCAGAGCAUCCCAGCCCACUGCAGCUGUACACCCCCCCCUUCAUCCUUGGCCCGACCCGUCCCAAGCUGCCAGAACAAGGGGAGAUAUGGGCAGAGAUCCCUCCCAAAUAUAAUGUGCUCUUUGUUGGAUACUGCUUAUCACACGACCAGCGCUGGAUCCUUGUUUCCUGCACCGACCAGCAGGGGGAGCUCCUAGAGACUAGCAUUAUCAACAUUGAUGUACCCAACAGAGCGCGACGUCCCAAGGUUUCAGCCAGAAAGAUGGGACUACAGAGGUUGUGGGAAUGGUGUAUUGGGAUCAUCCAAAUGACCUCAAUGCCAUGGAGGAUUGUGAUUGGUCGAUUAGGAAGACUGGGUCACGGGGAGCUGAAAGACUGGAGCUCACUCCUUGGGGAGCAUUCCCUCCAUUCGAUAGGGCGCCAGCUGAAGGAGGCAUGUCGCAUGUGUGGGAUCUCAGCUGCUGACUCCCCCAGUAUCCUCAGUGCCUGCCUGGUAGCCAUGGAGCCACAAGGUUCCUUUGUGAUCAUGCCUGAUGCAGUCACCAUGGGCUCAGUGUUCGGCCGCAGUACUGCUCUGAAUCUGCAGACCUCCCAGCUGAACACGCCUCAGGAUGCUUCAUGUACACACAUCCUCGUCUUCCCAACCUCUGCCACUACCCAGCUGGCCCCCAGCUCCUACCCCACGGAGGACAAUAAUGAUGAUAUGUUCGAUCUGCCUUUCCCUGAUGAGCUGGAGAACGACAUUGGCCAUGACAUGAUGCUGAUCACAGGGAACCUCCACCCGUCCCCCAACACCUCCCCUGUGCCCUCGCCGGGGUCUCCUUCUGGGAUGGGAAUGGGAUCAAAUUUCCAGCACACCAAGAGCCAGGGAGAGCGCCUGAUGUCCAGGGACAGUCCUCCAGAGGAGCUGAAGCAGCAGCCGCUAGCUCUGGGCUACUACGUCUCCACUGCACAAGCCAAUGGACUCCCUCACUGGUUCUGGGCCUCCUGUCCGCAGGCUGAGAGCCAGUGUCCACUCUUCCUCAAGGCCUCCCUCCACCACCACAUAUCCAUAGCCCAGCCUGAUGAGCUGGUGUCAGACAAGACAAAGAGGACCCCUCACCCCUUAGACUCAAAGACCACCUCUGAUGUGCUCAGGUUUGUAUUGGAGCAGUACAACGCUCUGUCCUGGCUGACGUGUACCCCUGCCUCCCAGGACCGCCAGUCCUGCCUGCCCGUCCACCUGGCUGUACUGGUCCAGAUGUACAAUGCCAUCCUGAACAUGCUUUAGCAGCGUGAGACUCACAGGACAGCUCUAAGGAAACAGAUGUUCCCUUCACUUCCUCUGUGCCUACACUUCCUCCUUCUGGGCACCAGAGAGCACCAGAGCUCUUCUGUUGUUUCGGGUAGACGUGGAUUUAAAGGCCAAAUGGGGAUAAGGACAGGGCAGAAAGUACUCUCCCAUGCCUGGAAUGUAUUGAAUAGGAAAAGUGAAAAGCUCUGAACAAUAACUAACUGUCACUUGUGAAUCGUGACAGCCUGCAAACCCAUUACAGCUUGAGCCUUCACAACUGGUCCAUUAUGGUGCUUUUUGAGGGGGGAAACCGAUGGAUCCAACAAACCGUGUCCAUUUUAUUGACAUAUCACAAUGUUACAUUUCUUCUGAUCUAAAAGCAUUACGUCCCACACCUCUUAGUGUAAUUUGAAGCAUCUGACAUUUACAGAGAAGCUUUCUACAAGGUUUAUUUUUUUCUACACCUUCACUUGUGAAAAGUGACAUCCGUGCAGGGCCACAUAACUUCGUAUUGUACAACCAGCAAAGUGGCAUGACAUCACACACACAUGGCUUUUUUUCAUCAAAGAUGCUUUUACAUUUUUGUAUAGAACUGCACUCUUGAGCUUUUUGGGACUUGCAGUGGGUCAAUGAAACUUUUGAGGGGCAAAAGGUCCUCAUUUACUCCAAAGGGAGCAUUUGAUAAUGGCACUUUUUCCUCACCUUCCAGAGUGUUGUAGAUAUGAACACAAUGGAACAUAUUUGACCAGUUAGGACAGAGGUGUUGUUUAUGAUGUAAGACAUACAUUUGCAAAUAAUUGAGACUUAUUUUUUAUAUUUAAAACAAGAAAAUGAGAAACUUAAACAAGGCAUUUCCCAAUUGACUGUUAAUUGUCUUGGGAUCAGAAAUAAAAUUGUCAUGUUAAUGCAAUUGUAAAGAUGCCAUAUUUAUACAAAUUAUAUCAUGUCAUAGAAUUUGAUAUAUAAAUAUAUAAAUGUGUAUAUAAAUAUAUAUUACCUCUUCCAAGCAGGCACUUAAUGAUGAGGGUGAUGGAAACAAUCAUCUCUUUAAAAGUGGACACAGUAUGAACAUUUAAGUUGUUGUUUUUAUUUUCUACAGAUAUUGAAAAUGUUACCUUUUUAUUUAAUGAGUUUAAAUUAAACUAAUUGAUGCAGAAGAUACAAUAAACUCUAUAUUUAUAAAGUGUUCCUCUUCUGCUAAAAAACUUGAAAUAGGCAAUAGAAGACCAUGGUUUUUGAAUAUUGCAAGGUUAUUAAAAUAUUUAAGAAUGAUGCUUUAUUUCAUUGGCGCUACUAAAUGAUGUCAAGCGAAGCAUUAGAAAGGCCUGUCUCUUCAGCUCCACUCCUAGCAUGUUUGUAUAUACACUUUUCAGCUGUGUUUUUAUUUUUAUUUUCUUAAAGCUGUACAUUUCAUGCUGGUUGGUUUACUUUCAAGUGAUUCAUAUCAAAGUAUUUUUUUGCUGUGAGCUUUUUUGAUAUACAGUAUACAGUGCAAAACUCAUUUAAUUAAAGCCAAGAGGUUGAAUUGCCAAGUACCAUAAGUGUACGCAAAUGAACAGAGGUGGGCAAGUUUGCGAACAUUUGUUACAUCUGUCAUCACUUUGAAUAUGAACAGAUCCACUUCAGUGGGAGACGUCUGUUACUUUUACACUCUUUUGUAGUAAAUUAUUAAAACUCUUGAAAAUGA